AUGUAUCGAUUACUUCUAUACAAUGUCAUCUACAUCAUCAUCAUCGUGUCAUCAAUGACCACCAAUUGUUUGCAUAUGUUGAAAAAGAAGAAGAAGAAAGGAAGUGACAACAGUAACACACCACCUAAACCACCAAUCACCUACGAGACUGAUCCAGACGCAUUAGAAAUUGAGAGAAAACUGAAAAUCGCUGAAAAUCGAGAGCGUAUGAAGAAGAAGCGUGAGAAGCAGCAGAGAAAGAAGGAGGAGCCAUCAGUACCGAUUCCCGUGAGAUCAGUGAAACCCGAGAAACCAGAAAAACCCAAAGAAAAAGUGCUGCUUCCCGAGGACAAAACUCAGUCAACCACAACUACAACCACGACGGAUUCUGGAACGAUAGCUUCACAGGAAAAGAGUGAAGCGAAAAUGAGUAAAACCCAACCGAACGACGACGAAAAACCGACAACAAAUAGCAGAGGUAGUAGUGAUGAGGAGCUGGGAGAUGUCAAGUUGAUAGGAGUGGAUUCGAAUGCAGAGAAGAAAAACCAACUCGUGAACAAAAAGGCACAGGAGGAAGCUCGCCGGAAGCUGCAAGUGGAUUUGACAAAGGUUACAGAGAAAUCUGAGUCCUCCCGACUAGGCCCCGCUGAUGACACUCUACGAAACAUCUCCUCUAUCCACGCCGAGUCUGCGCAAUCCCUUGUCAUACGAAAGAAGAAAAAAGAACAACAAAAGCAGAAGGAUGCAGUGAAAACUGUAGGGGAUACUAAUACAGUGUCCACAGAAUCACAAAUGAUUAUGGAGGCGGAGGUUGUGGAGCCGAAAUCGAAUCCGAUGUAUAUCAAAGAGUUUACACAGAAGGUUUUGGGAGGAUCUGCGGAGCCGAGUGGAAGUAUUGGUUAA